AACGGGGCUCCGAGGCGUAGGGACGGGGCUAGGGCGGUCGGCGUCGGCUAGCCAGCCCCGGGUUUAAGCACAAACCUAGCCAAAGCCUUUCUUAUCCCAUGGCCCCGUUUCGUAAAACGCCUGUUGCGUGUAUACAUCAACAGAGGGCGCUACAAGUAGAAAAAUGGCGACUUGCGUAGUAAGAGUUUUGUGGCGAACAUCUCGCAGAAAUUGUGCCUUUUUAACGGUGGCUACCCAAAAUGAUUUCACAAACAAAAGAAAUUUAGCGACAAAGAAAUUGCUGACAGUGGGUAAACUUGAAUCCCCAAAGCAACAAGGCAAAUAUGUCACAGGACAGCUGUUUUUGCACAGGAUAUUUGGUUACCGGGGUAUCCUCUUGUUCCCCUGGCUGGCGAGGUUGUACGACCGAGAUGUAGCAAGUAACAAGCACGGAAGCCUGCCCACAACAGCAGAGAGCGGAGAACACAUACACACAGACAAUAAAGAAGUGAAAGGCAAGACGCACGUGUACUACCAAGUCCUGAUUGACAGUAGGGACUGCCCAUUCAUUCGGGCGCAGACGGAAGCCGUCACGUUUCUAGGCAACCAGGACAAUAACAGGUCCCUCUACGCCAUCCCAGGUCUUGACUAUGUCGCUCAUGAGGAUAUCCUGCCUUAUUCAACGACAGAGAAAAACCCCAUCCAGCACGAGCUGUUUGAUAAGUUCCUUGAGCGUAGCCCAGGACAAGACACCUUUGUGCCCAAGGACACACUAAAGGCCUGGCAGGAGAAGAACCAUCCCUGGCUGGAGCUCUCCGACGUACAUAGGGAGACCACAGAAAACGUCCGAGUCACUGUCAUCCCGUUCUACAUGGGCGCAAGGGUCUCACAGGACUCCAGCGUGUAUUGGUGGAGGUACUGCAUACGUCUUGAGAACCUCGGAGAGGAGACGGUCCAGCUGAGGGAACGCCACUGGAGAAUCUUCAGCCUGUCAGGCACGCUGGAGACCGUGCGGGGGAGAGGAGUAGUGGGACAGGAGCCUAUUUUGUCCAAGGAGCAGCCAGCCUUCCAAUACAGCAGUCAUGUAUCCCUCCAAGCGCCUAGUGGUCACAUGUGGGGAACUUUCAGAAUAGAGAAGAGUAACGGCCAAACAUUUGACUGUCGGAUUCCUCCCUUUACCCUGGAGAGCAAGCAAGAGGACCACUCCAGCCCCCAUGGAUUUUUUGGAUAAACUCCUGCAAACCUUUUUUUUUAACAGUCAUUUUGAAAAUCUGCCAACUCUACAGCUUAUAACGGGCAGUCAUACUUUUAAACCACUCUGGGGCGCUGUCGAGUCGCAGUCCGAGGGCACAGGCAGAAGCUAAUGCACUUCUGUCGACGUAAAUUUACAUCUUCAGUACUCUCCAAUUUCAUCAGUUCCCGAUCAUUUGAAGAUGUAACACGAUAUCGUAACGAUAACCCAGUGAAGCACAGUUCACCUCUGUGUGUGUGUAUGCACCUUAAAAUUUCAUGGAAGGCGUCCUCAGUGAGUCAGGAAUGCAGACAGUAGAUUGCGAGGCCAAACUAGGCCUUGAGGAUGAAAUCAGAAGGAAGUGACACAGCAAUCAAGAACUUGCUGUGUAGAGCCAUUUCUGUGAAGGCAAGUACUUGAAUAAGAAUUUUUCAAAAUGAACAAAGUAUGUGGAAAAAUUUUGAAAAAGUGUACAUACACAUGUAUAUGCAAUAUUUUUCUUCAAGAUUCCAAGAACAUUUCCAUGACAACCACAUGUAUAGGUACUCAAGACUAUGUUUGAGUUAAACUAUUUUGGGAGUAGGCAUUGGGGUGUAUUGACAGGAACUUUUGUCUGCUUUCUUGGUUUUCACGAAUGUCUCUUCACGACCAAAUACCAUCAUGUAAAAUUUUUUAUUUUUUUUU